AUGGCGGCGGCUCUGGAGCGGGCGCUGGGCCCGGCGGCACCGGGGGAAGGCUCGGAGGCGGCGCUGCCGCCGCUGCCGGUGCUGGUGCUGGGCCCGGCGGGCUCGGGCCGCACCUCGCUGCUGCUGCGGGCGGCGCUGGCGGGCGGCGCGGACGGGCCCCGAGCGCUGUUCCUGGCGCCCAGCGCCAUCCCGAGGCUCCCGGGUGGAGCCGGCACCGACCCGCGGGCGCUGCAGCGCCUGGAGCUGCGCUACCCCUGCAGCCGCUCGUCGCUGUGUCGCGAGCUGGUGUGGCAUCUGUCGCUGUCCCCUCACCCCCCGGCGCUGCUGCUCCUGGACGGGCUGGAGCGUUACCUGGGGGCGUCCCCGGCCGCCCCCGCCCGCCUGGCCGCGCUGCUGCUGCAGCUGUGCCGCGUCCCCCGCUGUCCCCCGCGGGUCCCCCCGCAGCUGGUGGCCGCCCUGCGCCUGCCCCCGCCCGGCCCGCACGUCCUGGGGACGCUGCUCCGCUUCUUCCCGGCGCGGUGUCACCUGCGGCCGGCCCGCGGGGACAGCCCCGGACACGCGCGGGUGACGCUGCGCUGCCCCGGGACAGCCGGGAGGAGGUGGCGGCUGCGCCUCGGGGACAGCGGAGGGGACAGAGGAGGGGACAGCCCUGGGGACAGCCCUGGGGACAGCCCUGGGGACAGCGGAGGGGACAGCGGCUCCGAGGAGGAGUGGGAGUGACACGGACCCGAUGGGGACACGGACCCGAUGGGGACACGGACACGAUGUCACCACCCCCCCGCGGGGACA